UUUACAGGCAAAACAAAGAAAACUGCGUAGAAAAUUUGAUCUGCUGAAAAAUUAAAAUUUUCUGCUUAAUUUCAACAGAUUUCUUAGUAUCAACAGUGUCAAAAAGUGCUAAAGAUACCCAGUAAAAUGCUUGACCUGGAGGUAGUUCCAGAGCGGUCGCUCGGGUGCGAUAAUUGGGAGUUCAUUUUGGGUAUGCAUUUCUCGCAAGCAGUUGCAAUAAUUCAGUCGCAAGUUGGUAUCAUAAAAGGGGUACAAGUGCUGUAUUCCGAAACGUCCCCGCUGAAUGUAGACAUUAUCAUUAACCUGCCGCAAGACGGAAUUCGUUUGAUAUUUGAUCCGGUUCAGCAGCGUCUAAAAGCGAUCGAGGUAUUCAACAUGAAACUGGUUAAGCUAAAGUACUACGGGCUUCCAUUCAACUCGCCAGAGGUUGUCCCAUCGAUCGAAGAAAUCGAACACUCUUUCGGAGCGACCCAUCCGGGUGUUUAUGAUUCGGCAAAGCAACUAUUUGCGCUUCAUUUUCGAGGGUUGAGUUUUUAUUUCCCCGUCGACAGUAAGCUCCAACCGGGAUAUGCUCACGGUUUAGGUUCGUUGCAUUUCCCCAGUGGAGCAUCGCCAAUCGUGUCCAAGAUGGCUCUCUACUGCGGUGGAAGUAUAACCGACAGCCGUCCACCGCCGUUACCGUUGUCUUGCUAUAACCAGCAGCUGUAUUUGGAGUCGGCUACUGUGUUGCGCAAUUCUAUGGGAACCCGUGGGCUGCGGCUUCAAUUGUACACCGAAGGAUCACCACGUGCUUUGGAAGCGAAGAAGCAAUGUUUGACACGAGAGGUAAUAUUCGGCGAUAGUUGCCAGGAUGUCGCUAGUAAUCUUGGAGCACCGUCGAGAGUGUUCUUUAAAAGUGAAGACAAAAUGAAAAUUCAUUCACCAAGCGCACACCGUCGGGUUCAAUCGAAACGAAGCGACUUCUUUUUCAAUUAUUUCACAUUGGGCAUCGAUGUGCUUUUCGAUGCUCGAACACAGCGAGCCAAGAAAAUUAUUUUGCACACUAAUUAUCCGGGACACUACAAUUUCAACAUGUAUCACCGGUGUGAGUUCAACCUUCAGCUAGCACCGGACAAGGUAACCGAAGACAUCCCGCUGGAUUCACCCGUCAGUGUCAGUGCAUACUCCAAGUGGGACACGAUCUCAGCACGUUUGGCUCCCGCCGAACGUCCGGUGGUGCUGCAUCGGGCCGGUUCGACGAAUACGGCCAACGUGUUCGGGUCGACUUUCUGUUACGGUUAUCAGGAUAUCAUAUUCGAGGUUAUGCCCAACAACUACAUCGCCUCGGUGACGUUGUACCAUCCGGCACCACACUCCGGGGACUAUGCUUUUGGUGGCGGUAGCAAUACUAGUAGCGCCAGCAACAGCACCCGUAAUCUGCUGCAGGACGGCAAUAAAGGUAACAUCCGUGUCAGUGCAUGACCGGCUAUCAGCUUCAAUCAACUGAUCUUGGAUGGUCGUUAUCUAAGUUGUGUUAAUUAAAGGCUGUUAAUUAAAGAAAAGCCGAUAUUUCAUAUUUGAACAGAACAAUUGCGCAUGUGUAGCUGCGUUCAACAUUUACGAACAUUAGCCAUGCAAUUGCAGAUGGCAUCAGUUUUAAGUAACUAAGUGAUAAGUUUUCUCAGCAUAGUGACUAAUUUUUUUAGUCUAUCUGUCUCCGGUGUUUGAAACUGAUCGAUAUUCGCCUUCGAUCGAAAGGUGAUUCAUGUUUCAUCAUUAGACUAUCAUUUCUGGCUGGAUUCAGUAAUGAAACAGCUUUUUGGAAAAGCAAAAAAUUCAAACCAAAAAAAUAAAUAAAAGUAUUCAAAUUGCUGUCGGUGAUUUGUAGUAGAAAAAGCUUCAUCGUGACGAAAAAAGUAUAAAUGUGAUGAAAAUUCUUUCAGGUGUUAUGAAAGAAAGCAAAAAUAUUCAUAGAUUAAUUAAAUAAACUUUUAAAUUUAGGGUAA